AUGGCGGAGCCGUCGGCCGCCCCGCCGGCGCCGACUGACGCGGAGAGGGAGGACGCCCUGGACCGGAUGCUCACGCGGCUGGCCCUCGCCGAGGACGCCCGCCUCGCGCCGCUGCUCGUUCGCGUGCUCCCCUACGCCAUCACUUCGUUCGCCUCCACCUCCACCUCCGUCCGCAAGCUCGCUAUGGAGAUUCUCAGCCACAUCAACAAACGGGUGAAGCACAGGCCUGAGAUUUCGCUGCCCAUGCUGGAUUUAUGGAAGAUCUAUACUGAAUCUGCUUCAACGUCUAUUGUUCGCAACUUCUGUAUUGUUUAUAUUGAGAUGGCGUUUGAACGCCUGCCAAGCGAGGAAAAGGGAAACAUUGCACCUGAUUUGUUAAUCAAUAUAUCGAAAGUCCCAGCUCAGCAUCAAGGAAUUAUCUUGAGACUUGUAUCAAAGGCUAUUGGUGAAUGCAACACACGUAAGGUGGAUGAUAACAUUGCCUUAAAAUAUCGAUCCAUAAGUGGAUCUGAUGAUGGCUUAGUUUUUGCUGACUUCUGCUUUCACACAAUAUUGUAUCAAACACCAUCUCAAGGCAUUGGAUGCCCAGCAGGACUUUCAGUUGCCCAAGCAGAUCGUGUUACUGGAAAGCUACCACUGAAAGGUGACACACUUGCAUCAAGAAAGCUAGGUAUCUUGAAUGUUCUUGAAGCUAUGCAGCUGACAUCUGAGAUUGUCUACCCUAUUUAUUUAGCUGGUGCUUCAGAUAGUCAAGAAUCAGUUGCUAAGAGAGGCGACGAGUUGUUAAAGCGCAAAGCUUCAACUGCGAACUUAGAAGAUGCCAAGCUUAUCAAUAGAUUGUUCACACUAUUCAAUGGUACCGCAAGUGCAGAAAAUAUAGCUGCAGAACUGAAAGUCGCCCCAGCACCUAGUUCAUUGCGUGUUCGCCUAAUGAGUGUUUUCUGCCGGUCAAUUGCUGCAGCAAACGCAUUUCCAUACACACUUCAAUGCAUUUUUGGCUGCAUCUAUGGAAGUGGAACCACUUCAAGGCUGAAACAGCUAGGGAUGGAGUUCACUGUCUGGGUUUUUAAACAUGCAGUAAUGGACCAACUAAAGUUAAUUGGCCCAGUUAUCCUCAGUGGAAUAUUACGGUCCCUUGAUGGUUCAUCCAGUACAGAAGCAGGCAUGCCCUUGUCAUACACUUUUACUUUCUCGGCUCAUAUUUUGUUUCUGCUAUGGGGAAUGAUCUACUACUUCUGUGAACAUUGCAGCAACAAAACAGAAAUGGCUAUGCGACUCUUUACUGCUUUGAGGUUGGAGGAUCAAUCACUCCGCCUCACAAUUCAGGAGGCAGCCACUUCCCUUGCUACAGCAUAUAAGCUCAUAAUAGUUUAUGAGCUGAAUAUUUUCUUAGCUCCGACUGGUGCUUCAAUUGUAGUACUGAAGGAUCUUGAGGCGCUUCUUCUGGAAAAUUCUCAAGUGGAGCAAAUUGAGGUUCGAUUUUCUGCUGUAAGAUGGGCAACAAUGUUAUACGACAUGCAGCACUGCCCAAGCCGGUAUAUUUGCAUGCUUGGAGCUUCAGAUGUAAAACUGGACAUAAGGGAAAUGGCUCUAACAGGUCUAAAUCUGUUAAAUGAUGAGAGGCAGUCACCUGCAAUAACUGUUGAUUUCAACUACCCUGAUAUUGUGGAGAUGCUAAAUUAUAUCUACAGCCAGCAGCCUAAGCUGCUGCAAUCUAACGAUCAGAGUGAUGGAAAGCUGCUAUUCCCAUCAAAAACAUUUCUUGCAAUGAUCAAGUUUCUGAUGAAGUGCUUUGAGGCAAGUGAUAUUCCAGAUCUUUCGCAAGAAGAUCCAUCUCAUUCCCCAGUAGCAAAAAUGUGUGUGGUCUUAGAACAUGCCAUGUCGUACGAAGGGUCUAGUGAACUGCAUGCAUUGGCCUUGAAGUCAUUGGUUGAUAUAUCCUCUCGUCAGCCAAAGUUGGUAUCGUCACGGUAUGCCAACCGUUUACAUUGGCUGAGAACUUUACUAAGUCAUGUUGAUUCUGAUGCUCGUGAAGCUGCGGCCCGUCUGCUUGGCGUUGCUUCUUCAGCACUUUCAAGCUCGGCUGCAUUGAAUCUUCUGUCUGAACUCACUUCAGCACUUGACCCAAAUCAUCCGUCAAGAUUUGAGAUUUACCAUGGAUUGUUAUGCGCAAUCGGGUAUGUAACCGCCUGCUGUUUGAAGGAAUCUUAUAGGAAAAAAAUUAUGCUUGACAUUAUGGAAGAAAGGAAGAAGAUACCUGAAGAACUGGUCCAAAAGGUAGUUGAUAUUCUUGUAAAAGUUGUUGAGUCUGAGGGUUCAACAUUGGCAUCACUUGCAAUGGAAUCUCUUGGCCAUAUUGGGCUCCGUUGUGCAUUGCCUUCCAUUAGUAGGAACUCCUCUCCAGCUGGAGUUUUAACUGUUCUGCAUGAGAGAUUAACAAAGCUGCUUUCCGAAAAUGAUACCAAAGCUAUACAAAAGAUCUUGGUAUCACUUGGACAUAUUUCAUGGAAUGAGUUGUCCUUUUCACAUCUGAAAAUUGCGUUAGACUUGAUUUUCAGUCUCGCGCGUUCUAAGGUUGAAGAUGUGCUUUUUGCAUCUGGCGAGGCUCUCUCUUUCAUAUGGGGUGAAGUUCCGGUGACUGCAGAUGUGAUACUAGAAACAAACUUUGUUUCCCUUUCCCAAGCCACAAACUUUCUUACUGGUGAUGCACCCCUGCUUGACUCAAGGAACUUCGGUAAAAGAAGCAGCUGUGAAGAAGCACGUACAACGGCUCAAGAAGAAAUUAUAAACAAGUUGUUUGAUACACUAAUUUAUAGCAGCAGAAAAGAGGAACGCUGUGCGGGUACAGUCUGUUUGGUCUCGCUCACAAUGUACUGUGGUCGGCAUCCGAAGAUCCUUGAACUCCUUCCACAGAUUCAGGAAGCCUUUUCUCACCUUAUUGGCGAUUCUAAUGAGCUUACACAAGAUUUGGCAUCCCAAGGUAUGAGUAUUGUGUAUGAACUUGGUGAUGCUUCUAUGAAAGGGCAGUUGGUUCAUGCACUGGUGAAUACACUGACUGGCGCAGCAAAAAAGAAAAAGGCCAUUAAGCUGAUGGAGGAUUCAGAGGUUUUUCAAGAAGGAACCAUUGGCAGUAAUCCUGCUGGAGGAAAGCUUAGCACAUACAAGGAGCUCUGUAGUCUUGCCAAUGAGAUGGGACAACCUGACUUGAUAUACAAGUUCAUGGAUCUGGCUAACUAUCAGGCUGCUCUCAAUUCCAAGAGGGGUGCUGCUUUUGGAUUUUCCAAGAUAGCCAAACAAGCUGGGGAGGCACUUCAACCCCAUCUGCACACCUUAAUUCCUAGGCUUGUCCGAUACCAAUAUGAUCCUGAUAAGAACAUCCAGGAUUCAAUGGGGCAUAUCUGGAAGUUAAUUGUUUCAGAUCCCAAAAAGGCAAUAGAUGAACAUUAUGAUGUCAUAGUAGAGGAUCUGUUGGUUCAAUCUGGAUCACGGCUUUGGCGCUCACGUGAAGCUUCUUGUCUUGCACUUGCAGACAUCAUCCAAGGUCGAAGAUAUAGUCAGGUUUCUAAGCAUUUGAUAAAAAUAUGGACAACCACCUUCCGUGCGAUGGAUGACAUAAAGGAAACCGUGCGAAAUGCUGGUGACAGUUUGUGCCGAGCUGUAAGCUCAUUGACAGUUAGGCUCUGUGAUGUGUCACUUACUACCGCUUCUGAUGCAAAAGAAACAAUGAGCAUUGUACUUCCAUUCUUGCUUUCUGAAGGCAUACUCAGUAAAGUUGCAAGCGUUCAAAAAGCAUCUAUAAAUUUAGUCAUGAAGCUUGCCAAGGGGGCUGGCAUUGCCUUGCGGCCACAUUUGUCAGAACUUGUUAGUUGUAUGCUUGAAUGUUUGUCAAGUCUGGAGGAUCAAAGGUUAAACUAUGUUGAGAUGCAUGCAGGAAAUGCUGGCAUCCAAACCGAGAAGCUUGACAGCUUGCGUGUAGCUGUAGCAAAAGAUUCUCCUAUGUGGGAAACCCUUGAUAUAUGUAUCAAAGUUGUUGACACAAAUUCACUCGAGCUAUUGAUUCCUCGCCUGGCUCAGAUGGUUAGAUCUGCUGUUGGUCUUAAUACAAGGGUUGGUGUUGCUAGCUUCAUCACCUUGCUGGUACAGAAGGUCAUGAUUAACAUCAAGCCAUACAUGGCGAUGUUACUGAAAUUACUUUAUACUGCUGUUCUGGAGGAAAGGAGUUCUGCAGCCAAAAGGGCCUUUGCGUCUUCUUGUGCUGCAGUUUUGAAAUAUGCCAGCCAAUCUCAGGCUCAGAAACUUAUUGAAGACACCGCUUCUCUGCAUUUAGGUGAAAAAAGUUCUCAGUCAUCUGGUGCAGUUCUUAUUAAAUCGUACUUGAGCAAUGCAGCAGAUGUUAUUAGUGGAUACAAUGCAGUGGUUAUCCCUGUAAUUUUUUCUUCAAGAUUUGAUGAUGAUAAAGAGACCAGUGCCUUGUAUGGAGAACUUUGGGAGGAUAUUCCUAGCAGUGAAAGAGUAACCCUUCAACUUUAUUUACCAGAAAUUGUAUCCCUUUUGUGCGAUUGCAUGUCCUCAUCAUCAUGGGCUGGCAAGAGAAAGUCAGCCAAGGCUACAAAAAGUCUAUGUGAUGCCCUUGGAGAACCUAUUUCUGCGCACCACCAUAAUAUUCUCAAAUCACUUCUGAAAGAGCUACCAGGUCGAUUUUGGGAGGGAAAAGAUGCUGUUCUGGAUGCACUAGCUUCACUGUGUUUGUGCUGCCACGCCGCUAUAACUGCAGACGAACCAACUAUGCCUAGUGUUAUUCUGAAUGCUGUUUGUGCUGCAUGCAGUAGGAAGCCGAAAUUGUACCGUGAAGCAGCUUUCUCGUGUUUACAGCAAGUGAUCACUGCAUUCAAAGAUCCAGGAUUCUUCAAUAGUGUUUUCCCUAUGUUGUAUGAGGUUUCUAAUCAGUCUGUCAUUUUUAAGACAACAAGGAGUUCAUCUUCACUAAGUACAUCUGCUGCUGCUGAGCAAGAUGAAAGUGCAAGUGUCUCCGUUUCUCUCGACAAGGUGCUCAACUGUGCUGCAUCUAGCAUCACUAUUGCUUUGCCACAAGAUAUUAUCCACCAAAAGAAGAAUAUGUUAGAGGUUCUGCUGAACUCUCUUUCACCCGAGGAGGGUUGGCAAGAAUUGUGCUACAAAUUUUCGGAUUCUGGUGGUAGCACGGCGUGGCCUGAAGGCACAGAUGAUUUUGUUCAGGAGAUGUUUCAUUCAGUGGCGUCAAAAGUAGUAGACUCCAUACGCUUAGUUAAGAUUGCUCAGGUUCACGUUGCUGCUUCAGAGUGCCUUCUUGAGUUGAUCAAAUUGUAUAGAGACUUCCCAUUGGAAGAGAGAAGAGAGGCCAAGUUCGAGGGUGAACUAAUCCAACUCUGCGAGUCAGAAAAAAGUGAACAGGCAAAGGCACUUCUGAAGCAAUGCUUGGCUGCUCUCAAAGAGCUCACUGGCGUAACCAUGACGAUGGGUUAG